UCCGCUUUGAGUGUGGACUGCUUCACAACAACCCAAGGUGUAGCGGAUGAUUUGAACUUGGUUGUGGCAUUUGAAACUGAUUACUACAAGCUGUGAGGGCGUUUGUCAAGCACAGCAGUUAUUAAAAGUGUAGCCAGUUAUGGUAUGGAGACGACUCCGAGCCAGGUGAAUGAGUUCUACAGGAGGAAGAGGCAGAAAGAAAAAAGCCGAAACGGGGCCCUCGCCCGACGGCGACACCUGCAUGCAGGUGCCGCAUCAUAAGCGGAAUCUGAACUACUUUUCAGUGCCAGUGCUGGCGUUUUUUACUUUUAUAAGAAUCUUGACUUUAAAUUUCGGUGGACUCUUCGUCCGGCUUUUCAAACGGAUACCCCGUGCUAUGGCGACAAGACCGAAACGGCUGGAGGAUCAGAGUUGCAAGGAGCACGAUGACAUCGGCGAGCAAAUUCGAAAUCAGCAUAAACAAGCUUUCGAGUACAUCUCAGUAGCGCUCAAAAUCGACGAAGAUGAUAAAGGGCAUAAGGAGCAGGCUGUCCAGUGGUACAAGAAGGGCAUCGCUGAACUCGAGAAGGGGAUCGCCAUCGAGGUGACAGGAAAUGGGGAAAAGGUGGAGAAAGCGCGCCGUCUCCAGGCCAAAAUGAACAGCAACCUCCUCAUGGCCAAGGAGCGCCUGGAGCUUUUGGCCACGCUGCGCUCAGGGCCCUCUCAGGGAGACCUGUACACUGACAAUCUGAACCAGCCCUACCCCAACGGCCAUAUACACUCAGUCACGGGGGCCGUCCCCAAGAAGAGGGAGCCGGUGUCCCAGCCCAGCAGCCACGUGCAGCCCCAGCCCCGGCCCAAAGCCCAGCCCAAGAGCCAGCCCAGCGGUGGGGGCUUCUCUGGAGCCCAGCGGGUCCACAACACCAGCGGCUCCAACGCACGACCAGCCUCCCACACUGCCAGCAACCAUCGGGUAAAGGCUAGUUCACACCACACCACUUUGGAAAACGCAACCAUCGGGGGGCCACGGGGGAAAUCAGGUAACCGUGGAAAUGGGAAGCAGGCCACGCCCACGUCGACACCAGCGAGGAAGCGAGAUAUGAAAAACUUCAAGAAUGUGGACAGCAAGCUGGCCAACCUCAUCAUCAACGAGAUCGUGGACAGUGGCUCCUCUGUGAAGUUUGACGACGUCGCCGGACAGGAGCUGGCCAAGCAGGCCCUGCAGGAGAUAGUCAUCCUCCCCGCGCUACGGCCAGAGUUGUUUACCGGUCUCAGGGCGCCAGCUAGAGGCCUUCUCCUCUUUGGACCUCCUGGCAACGGCAAGACCAUGCUGGCCAAAGCAGUUGCUAUGGAAUCAAACGCCACCUUUUUCAACAUCAGCGCUGCCAGUCUUACCUCAAAAUACGUAGGGGAAGGGGAGAAGUUGGUGAGAGCCCUGUUUGCUGUGUCUAGGGAGUUACAGCCGUCGAUUAUCUUCAUUGAUGAGAUUGACAGCCUGCUGUGUGAGAGGAGAGAGGGGGAGCACGACGCCAGCAGGCGCCUCAAGACCGAGUUCCUCAUUGAGUUUGAUGGGGUGCAGUCGGCUGGGGAUGAUCGGGUGUUGGUGAUGGGGGCGACUAAUCGGCCACAGGAGCUGGAUGAGGCUGUUCUCAGGCGAUUUGCAAAGCGCAUCUAUGUGGCGUUACCAACUGAAGAGACACGUCUGAAACUGCUCAAGAACCUCCUGGGGAAACAUGGCAACCCUCUCAACCAGAAGGAGCUGUCCCAGCUCGCCAGAUUGACAGACGGCUACUCAGGGAGUGACCUGACGUCACUAGCUAAAGACGCUGCUCUUGGGCCCAUUCGAGAGCUACGACCUGAACAAGUCAGAAACAUGUCUGCAAAUGAGAUGCGUAACAUCCGCUUCAGUGACUUCCUGGAAUCCCUGAAGAAGAUCAAGCGCAGCGUGAGCCCCCACACCCUUGAGCAGUAUGUGCGCUGGAACCAGGAGUACGGGGACACCACUGCCGUCUGACCCCUUCACCUUUGACCUCUUGACCCUGCCAUCUCACCCCGCCCUUCCUGCUGCUGCUGAUGAUGAUGCUCACCCUUACCGCUAGGGGGCAGUGUGAGGGAUGUUGUAGAGACUAAAGCUGGACUUGGGGGAGAGAAAGCGUCCUUUGUUUUUGUUUUUAAAAAAAAGAAAUUAAUUAAAAAAAAAAAAAGCAUCAAAACGGGUUCGUGGAAGAGAAGGAAGAAGAAAAGGAGGAGGAAAGAUGGAAAGAUGGAGGGAGGUGCGUUUAAUAACAGCUAUUUCCAAAAUAGGCUUCAGUUAAAACACACACACACACACACACACACACACACACACACAGAUGCAGCAGUUUUGUUUUUUGUCUUUUUUAUUGUGUAUAUAAUUUCUCUCUCAGUAACGUUUACCGGUAAAGUUAACGUACCCCUCUAAAUCACACACUCCUCAGAAAUGCUUCCUGCAGACAGACGAGCAAGAGAGUGCAAAGGGAUUGUUUUCUUUCCCACUCCAGCAAAAAAAAAAAAAAAAACAACAUGGUCACCUUGAAUAGUGUCGCCCAGUUGAAUUAGAAUAUUCUACUACAACAUCCAGUGACACAGAGAUGCCUGACUAACAAAUGACAGUGUGCAGAAAAGACUUAAACUGUUUUAUACUUCUGACAUCCAAGCAAGGGUCCUUAAAUGCUGGAGUACAGGAGCAUCCUAGCAAGGGUCCUUAAAUGCUAGAGUACAGGAGCAUCCUAGCAAGGGUCCUUAAAUGCUAGAGUACAGGAGCAUCCUAGCAAGGGUCCUUAAAUGCUAGAGUACAGGAGCAUCCUAGCAAGGGUCCUUUAAUGCUGGAGUACAGGAGCAUCCUAGCAAGGGUCCUUUUAAUGUUGGAGUACAGGAGCAUCCUAGCAAGGGUCCUUUAAUGCUGGAGUACAGGAGCAUCCUAGCAAGGGUCCUUUAAUGUUGGAGUACAGGAGCAUCCUAGCAAGGGUCCUUGGACUGUGGCGCUGGUCCAGGAGGUUCCCACCCCGGUAGGUGUGACCCUAGCCUCUGUGCCUUAGUGCCUGGGUGGAAAUAGACAUGCACAUCUCCAUCUGGAGUCCAACAUGACAACUCAUACUAAAUAACAGUAAAUGUGGGUAAAUGCCGCUGUGAUUGGGGUCUCCGUGUCUUUUAGCUGUGUUCACACGUUUCAGAAGUGCACAUUCGUAACGGUGCAUUUGGUGUAAAGCUAUGAAGUGGUUUAAGAAAAAUCUCUUUGUACCUUGGACACUUGGUACUUGCACUUUCCAAGUGCAGACAGCACGUCUGUCUCUGGACUUGAGCCGGAAAAUCCAUGGGAAUAACGCACUAUUACCAAGGAGACAUACUGGAAUAUUGUGCCAAUGGAGGAAAACGUUUAUCACUAUACUUGGCCUCCCUCUCACAUUCCCAGCUCAAGUCCAAGUUUCGAGUGAAAUUGUUGUUAAGCACUUCUUGUAUAAUAUGAUUAUAGGAUAUAGUGUAUCUGUUUGCAGAGUGCAGUUUGCUGUGAGUGAAGAUAGAUCAAGUAAAAAAAAAAAUACCAAAAGACUAGUAUGCUGCUCUAUUGGCAUCUUUGCUGUGAUUUGGUGGGUUAGGAGCCACAGACCUUUUGAAAAGAUGUAGCAUGUUUGAAGUGGAAGUGUGACGUUUUCACCCCAAAUGCUUUUUAUGAUUUGCUUCUCUAUUGUUUGCCUAGAUUAUUCCUGUUGGAGUAUGUGUGUACAGUGUACAGUACUGACAGUGCAUGCAGUGCAACGGACAGCACCAUAGAGGUUACUGGCGCCGUUUACAGUAGAUAUUUACUAGCUGCAAACAUCUCAUCCAGUGAGUAGUGAAUGGGAAGUGUUUGUGUGUGUGUGUUAAAAAAAAUGCGCUGCGCAUGCGCUUAACUUCAGCUGAUAUUGCUGAGUCUGUAGAUGCUCAUCGCUUAGACCAUUACAGAGGAGAUGCACCAGUGUAGUGCUGUGGUGAUUCAGUAGUGUCGCUUCUGAGGGAUGGAUCGUUGGACCUGACUCCCUUUCUCCCCCUCGCUCACACCAUUACGGAGGAGACGUUGUAGUGAUUCAGUAGUGUCGCUACUGAGGGUUCUAUUCAUUUAUGCAGCACUUCCUAAGUUCAGUCAUACUCCCUUGUACAGCUUCACCUUGGUGAAGCUCAAAGCAAUUUACUGUACAUGGGCAAGUAAUGGGGCUAAUUGGUAAACCCUCAGACUGUUUGAAAACACUCGUCUUUGCUCCAGACAACAAAGGCGUAACCAGACAAAACAUCAUGUUGUAGGCUUUUUGUUUUCAGUAAAUAUUCUCCAGGUUUGACCUUGAUGAUGCACACGUCCUUGACCUCCUUUAGUUCCAACUCAAGGCAGGCAUUGGUCUUAAUCAGUUGUUGAGUCUUCCUAAGGACUAGUCUAGUAUAAAAUGAAGUGUGGAUGUAUGUCUUGUACACGGUUUCAAUCUUUUUUUCAAUCUUUUUUUUGUCUCAGAAUGUGAAAUAUGAUUGUAAAGUUGUGGGUACCGAAUACGCCUUAACUGCCGGUAUGACUGGUAUGUAAGCAAGCAUGGUAUUCUAAUAAAUCUAUAAACAAUU